AUAUAUUAACUCUCGAGAAUUAAACAACAAACAUUUGUGAUUCUAGUAAAGAAGAAUCGGUUGCGCGUGUGUGCGAGAGUUAUAAAUAAAAAAACGUUUAAAAAAACGGCACCAAAAUGGGCAAUCUGGACACCGAUGCUGGAGUAACUUUCGAGCAGAGCUAUGCCACAACAAAUGGCAAUGGGAUUGGAAAUGGGAAACUUCCCAAUGGCCAAAGCAACGCAUCCAAUUCGAAUUUUUUACUAGACAACACUAUUGUGGACGAACAGCAGCGCGAGGCUUUAGUUCAGAUUCUAAAUCAAAGAAAAUUUUCGGCCCCAGCCUAUACGGAAAUACGUACAAGACGCAGUGCAGCCAAGGCGGCAGCCCAGGCAAUGAAAUUCAAGAAUGCCAACGCCAGUAACUAUCAUCCAGCCAAAAAUCUACAAAUUAAUGGACAAGUCCAUGCUCUGAAAGAGAAGCCCGAUUUCAAGCCCAGUCAAGUUGAGGGUAAACUAUCGCCUGAGAAAGAGCAUUAUGCGAAAACAUCCUUUGAAGAGGUGCCCUUACAUACCGCAUGCCUAACGUAUCUGGGAUUCUAUUUGCUAAUGAUAUUGGGUUACAUCAAUCAAUUGCUAUUUGUACCCAAGGUAGCCAGCGAGAAGGGACGCGAAGGAUAUGUGACUCUCUAUGAUGCAUUCGAAAGUUUCUAUUCGCGUUACGUGUAUCGCCGUAUCAAGGAUUGCUGGAAUCGUCCCAUCUGCAGUGUGCCCGGUGACGAGCUGACCCUUAAGGAUCGUGUCACAGAUGAUUAUGGCUGGAGUUUUAAAUUCACUGGAACUCAGACUCGUUGCCUCAAUUUGGGAUCGUAUAAUUAUUUGGGUUUUGCCGCUGCUACUGGCCGUUGUGCCGAUGAGUCCGAGGAUCGAGCCCGAACUGCUGGUCUAGCCUAUUGCAGUUCACGUUGUGAAUUGGGCAACACCGAACAGCACGAGGAAUUGGAAAAACUCACUGCCCGCUAUUUUGGUGUUGAAGAUGCCAUCGUUUUUGGCAUGGGCUUCGCCACAAAUGCUCUGAACUUGCCGUCCCUCUUGGGGCCCAAUUGUCUGGUUGUGAGUGAUGAGAAGAAUCAUGCUUCCAUCAUUUUGGGUCUGCGUCUAUCGGGUGCCACAAUUAAAGUAUUCAAACACAAUAGCAUGAAAGAUCUGGAACGUGUGCUGCGUGAAGGUGUCUGCUAUGGUAAUCCGAAAAAGGGUGGUCUGCCAUGGUCCAAAAUAAUGAUCAUUGUCGAGGGCAUCUUUUCGAUGGAGGGUUCGAUUGUACGUCUUCCCGAAGUAAUUGCAUUGAAAAAGAAAUACAAGGCCUAUUUGUAUUUGGAUGAGGCACACAGUGUUGGUGCUAUGGGAUCGAAUGGUCGUGGCAUAGCCGAUUACUUUAAAGUGGAUCCAAAAGAAGUGGACAUAUUGAUGGGCACUUUCACCAAGAGUUUUGGCAGUGCUGGCGGCUAUUUGGCUGGGUCUAAGAAAUUGAUUGACUUUUUGCGUACAAACAGUCACGCCCAUUGUUAUGCUGGUUCGAUAUCCCCUCCCGUUGUGCAGCAAAUUGUGACCUCCAUGAAAACGAUUAUGGGUGAAGAUGGUACUGAAACGGGUCGCAACAAGAUAAUGCAAUUGGCCAGAAAUACCAGAUAUUUCCGCAAACGUUUGGCCCAAAUUGGAGUAAUCACCUAUGGCCAUGAAGAUUCGCCAGUGGUGCCCAUGUUGGUAUAUUUGUUUUCGAAAAUUGGUGCUGUGGUCCGUACCCUAACUACCCGUCAUAUAGCUGUGGUGGGCGCUGGUUUCCCAGCCACUCCCAUUAUGGAAGGACGUAUACGUUUCUGUCUAUCGGCUGCCCAUACCAAAGAGCAAUUGGACUAUGCCUUGGAAGUGAUUGAUGAAAUCAGUGAUGAUUUGGGUCUAAAAUAUUCUCGCAAACCUCGUGAUCCGAAUCCCAUUGAGUACUAGGAGAUGCUUACUACUACUACUACUAAACGCAACUCGCAUUAGCCAUUUAAGUCAAAAGUCACACAGUCCACAUAUAAAUUUGCUAAAUUAAUUCAUUGCUAUAAUUAAUUUAAGACAAGUUUUGCAACAAAACAAAAAAAAAACAAAAGUAACAUCCACAAAUUAAUUGACUUUGCCCCCCAAAAAAUGAGAAUAGGGGUAUCGAAAUGUGAAACAAUUGCAACAACAAA